CUACAUUGUUUCAUUUUUUUACAUUGUUCUCUCUAUGCAACACCGUCUAGUCACGUAGAGUUUUGACUUAUUUUCGUAACAAGUAACAAUAUUCUCAAAACGAAUGAAAAUAUGAUUCCUAUAAAAGUUUUUAAGCGACUUCGCAUACAGAGAGAGUCCAGGGAGUUAACUUAUGAAAUCGAGUUGAUAAUUUGAUUUGAAUACUUGAGAUAGUUCUAAAAUUAUCUCUAAUAAAAAUCUAAAUCUGUUUCACUCGGAAAAUACGGUAAACUCAGUGGCAUCCAGCAUUGCAAAUUGUACGGAGAUUAGGAAGGUUAAACUACUUCACCAAUGGUUAUUUGAAGAAUAUUCUUAAGCUGUUCUCCACUGGUGUAGACAUUUCUGUAUGGAUUCAAAGAAAAAUGAAGAAGUCUAGAAUACCAGUUACAUAGGAGACAAGAGGAGUCCUCGUCAGCUAUGCUCAUCAAAGAGUACCGUAUUCCUCUACCUUUGACGGUAGAGGAAUACAGGAUAGCUCAACUUUACAUGAUAGCAAAAAAAAGCCGGGAAGAAAGUAGCGGGGCAGGUAGCGGCGUUGAAAUAUUGAUCAAUGAACCUUACACCGAUGGGCCUGGCGGACAAGGACAAUAUACCAAGAAAAUAUAUCAUGUUGGAAGCCAUUUACCAGGAUGGAUAAAAGGCAUUCUACCAAAAACAGCUUUAAUGGUAGAAGAAGAAGCUUGGAACGCAUACCCUUAUACGAAGACUAGAUACACAUGUCCCUUUGUCGAAAAAUUCUAUUUGGAAAUAGAAACGUACUACUUUCCCGACAAUGGACAUCAAGAAAAUGUUUUUCAAUUAUCUUCUAGUGACCUGAGGAACAGAAUUGUAGAUGUGAUAGACGUGGUAAAAGAUCAGCUACAUGGUGCCGAUUACGUUAAGGAAGAGGAUCCUUUAUGUUACGUAUCUGAGAAAUCUGGAAGGGGCCCUCUUACCCAGAACUGGUUGGAGGAAUAUUGGGAAGAAGUGAAAGGCAAACAACAGCCUUUGCCCAAUGGAAAAGCGCUGAUGUGUGCGUACAAACUUUGCAAAGUGGAAUUUCGGUAUUGGGGUAUGCAGACGAAGAUUGAACGGUUUAUUCAUGAUACAGCUUUGAGAAAGACCAUGCUGAGGGCGCACAGGCAAGCAUGGGCGUGGCAAGACGAAUGGCACGGUUUGACAAUGGAAGACAUUAGAGAGAUCGAAAGGCAGACUCAGUUAGCUUUGAAGAGAAAAAUGGGACAAGCAGAGGACGAGUUUGACGAGGACGAUAACUAUAAUAACAGUACUCCAAAAGAAGAUCCAUGCAAAACGUUUUCUGCAACACUGGGGAGUAUAGAGGUUGCCGAGGAUAGCCCGUUACCUGGAAAAAGUGCAGCAGUUCCGACGAUACAAACUGGAGGAAGCUCAGAUGCGGAUCUUUCACUCGAUGAACUAACCACCAGAAAACACGAGGAUAAAUGGCAGUCCAGGAAUCUACAUUCACCUAGUUCAUCUUCUAUCAAAAGUUUCGACCUCCAAGUGGCGAAUUGGAGGAUAAAAACCUUAGGAAGGGAUUCUGAGUCGCCCUCCGAUGAAGAAUUUUUCGAUUGUGAAGAUGUACUACUGGACUCUUCCUCUUUAGCUAAAUGGAGCUCGAUGGAGCUUCUUACCGAAGAGGAUGUUGACGCUUUGGCAGCUACUGUGGCUGCAAAUAAACAAGAUGACAGCAUAUUUUCUCGGACAUAUUUGCAUCGGGUGGCCAGCGAAAGGUGUAGUAAAAGGAUGAUGCAGAGAUCAAAAAUCAACUCUUUGGACGCUCCUUACCCUGAAUCUCCCACCGCUUCAUCAGCUAAAGCUCCGUGCAACACUAUCGUGUUGAUAUUAGUGCUACAUGCUGGAAGCGUUUUAGAUGCAAAUGUUGACAUGGCUGCCAAAAAGUCUGACGUAACCACGUUUCGUGGCGCGUUCGAGUCUGUGAUGCGUCAACACUACCCUUCACUAUUUGGUCACAUCUCAAUAAGAUUGGUUUCGUGUCCUUCCAUUUGUACGGAAGGCUUGGGCAUUCUGUCAAGCCUGACUCCAUAUAGUUUCGAUGUGUCACCGUCGAGUAUAGACAUUCCCCAAGUGACGCAUGACUCCAUACCGAUUGGUGCCAUCCCAAUAAUGGCGACUUCCACUUCUGAUUACGUUGAGGCUGUUUCUAGGACAAUCACUGCGGCGAAUGCUGCUUAUCAAGAAUUUAUUAGGUCUGAAGAAGGUCAAGGAUUUGCGGGUCAAGUAUGUAUUGUAGCGGACUCUAUGGGAUCAUUAUUAGCAUAUGACGCUUUGUGUAGAACUUCAAAGUUUCCCUCAAGACACGGCAGUGAAAAUAGUAUUUUGGAAAGCGAUCUGAAUAAGGAUGACGUGCAAGUGAAUGAAACCGGCUACUUAGCAGCUCCUUCGCCCAGAAGGAGAUCUUCAUCCACGAGUGAUCCAUCCAGUCACAUCAGAUUGGAGUUUGAGGUUGCAGAUUUCUUUAUGUUCGGAAGCCCACUCGCGUUAGUGUUAGCGUAUAGGAAGAUUUCAGCACAAGAUGAUAAAUCUUAUAACAUAACCCGUCCAACAUGUCUUCAAGUGUACAACAUGUUCCAUCCAACCGAUCCUGUGGCUGCAAGACUGGAGCCGCUUCUGUCGGCCAGAUUCUCGAUGUUGCCUCCUGUAAAUGUCUCCAGAUACGCUAAAUACCCUUUAGGCAACGGGCAACCCUACCAUUUGCUUGAAAUUCUCCAAACUAACCCUCAAAUGUUUAGCGAUACUUUGCAACCCAGACGUUUGUCAGAGGUUUCCAUACAGAGUACCGUUUCCGGAUUGAUCGAUAACAUUCCUCUCCAAGCGGUUACAGCAUUGCAACAAAAAUGGUGGGGCGGCAAACGCAUGGACUAUGCCCUCUACUGUCCCGAAGGGCUUUCGAACUUCCCUACGAACGCCCUCCCGCAUCUUUUCCACGCCAGCUACUGGGAGAGCAGUGACGUCAUAGCGUUCAUCCUGAGACAGAUCGGAGGCAUCGAAGUCACGGCUAUGGGGGCGGGCGAUGAACCGGAGCAGUCGUUCAAGCCUGGACAGCCUAGAGAGAAGUGGAUACGGAAGAGGACUUCCGUCAAGCUAAAGAACGUAACCGCAAACCAUAGAGCCAAUGACGUGAUAGUAAUGGACGGCGCUCCACAAAUUCUGGUGUCACGAUUCAUGUAUGGCCCUCUGGACAUGAUCACUCUAACGGGGGAAAAAGUGGACAUCCACAUUAUGAAAGACGCACCUGCAGGGGAAUGGACGCAUCUAGCCACCGAAGUAACGGAUAAAACAGGAAGGAUACAGUACAGGAUACCUGAUGGGGAGUCGCUUGGGUAUGGGAUGUAUCCCAUCAAGAUGGUAGUUCGUGGAGACCACACUUUCGUAGACUUCUUCCUAGCUGUCGUCCCUCCAAAAACCGAAUGUAUUGUGUUCAGUAUUGAUGGUUCCUUCACAGCGAGCAUGUCUGUCACUGGCAGAGAUCCUAAAGUUAGAGCUGGAGCAGUAGAUGUUGUCAGGCAUUGGCAAGAACUAGGCUAUUUGAUAAUCUACAUAACUGGCCGUCCGGAUAUGCAACAUCGCAGGGUAGUUUCCUGGUUGUCUCAACAUAACUUCCCGCAUGGUUUGAUCUCAUUCGCUGACGGCUUGUCCACUGAUCCACUUGGUCAUAAGGCUACAUAUCUCAACAAUCUCAUUAAUAACCACGGGGUGAUAAUUCACUCAGCUUACGGCAGUGCCAAAGACAUCAGCGUCUACACGCAGAUCGGGCUGAAACCGAAACAGAUCUUUAUCGUGGGCAAGGCGUCCAAGAAACAAAUGCAACAGGCUACCGUGCUCACGGAAGGCUACGCUGCUCACUUGUCCAUUUUGAUGUCUCACGGUGGGUCAAGACCAGCACAAGGUAACGCCAGAAUGGUAAUUCCCAGAGGGUAUUUUGGGCUUCCCGGGCAGCCGUUCUCAAGGAGAAGGAGCCACGACCCUGGCAUCUCAUCACCAGCACGCAGCGGCUUUCUCAAACGAAAGGUUUUCUUAAGUCAUGUCUAACUGUCUACAUGAUGUAGGUCAGCAAAGAGGGCGACUUCUUAUCCUAUAUCUGCAGAAGCGGCACCCAUAGAGCGAUCCAUGAGUACAAGGCGGUACCAACUACCGAAACCGAUUCUUUCCAUCUCAACAAUAGGCAAUAACAACAGCUAAAACUGUCAACAGUUGUCGCCAUAUUUUUCUACGAAAUAAUCAUUUCAGUGCUCGAUUUAAAGAGCUCUUGAAACCAGCAUAAUUUUUACGAAGUCAUCAUGUAUAUACGAAAUAUAGAGGAUGUCCUAAAAGAUUGGACUUUUCGGUAAAACAGCAGCGAAAUCGUAAAAAAGAAAAGUACUCUAUUAAUUUGGUAAGAAACUUCAUGUCACAUGUUUUGCUCGUAAAUGCAGUUUGAAGUUGUCGUUUGAUUCAAAAGCACAAGUUCGUUAAGCUCUUCAUAAAUUUAAAACACUUGGGGCUAUCUAGGUCUUCUAGUGUGUCCACCUCGGUGACCUUUGUAUGAUAUAAACAAACCUAUGCAGUUCCGGAUAUAAACAUCCAGGACAACGAUCUGAAUACGCUCGCGCAGACUCAAUAGCAUUCACCGGUAACAAAACAUCGUAUAUUUUCAUAUAGGAUGCAGGGUCGAGCUGGCCCAUUCAAAUUUUUUCAGUUAUCUUAAGAUUUUGGGAAAUGUGCUUAUUGUUGUAAACGAAAAUCCCAACGUUUAGGACACCCUGUAGAAUGGAAGUCGCGAGAUCUUAGCUCAGUUAGCGGGAUUAUAUAUAUAUCUUGGAACUAAUUGGAUUUUGAAUGCUAUAUAUAUUAUGCUGAUUUCGUGAGCGUUUCUGAACAUGCAGUGCCAGAUUGCCAUAGAAGAUUUAUAUUGUUGUUUUCUACCUUGCAAUAGCAUUUAGAAAGGUAAUGUAAUAUGUCUCCUACCAUUUAACAGUCAAAUAUUCUAGAUGUUAGUGGUUUUGUGUAUAGUUUAAACUCUUUUAUCAAAUUUUAGCAUAGAUGACCUAUUUUUCUAUCUUUCAUAUUUAUUUAUUGUUCUUCAUUUUGUCCCAUUUAUUACCUAAACUGUUGUAAUUUGUAGUUGUUGAAUCUCUCCAUAAUUUUUAGAUGAUGUUAAAAUGCGGAUAUCAAUGCCGUACCUUUAGAGUAUAUAUCUAGUUGAGAGCUUUGGUUGUGUAAUCCUUUCCUUUACAGGAAUCGUAUUAUUAAGACAUUGUGAUUUAGUAUUUGCCAAGGCUUGGAAACUUAAACAUAACUUUAUUACCUCCCACUUUAUGAUCAAUGAAAAAUGCAUAUUGUAAAAUCUAGCUCAUUUUUUAUCAUGAUAUUUUGGUCAAAUAUGGCCAACAAUAUUAGCUCUAUAUAAAGAUUUUGGGUGUAACCAUUCGACUUUUGAGUUUUUCACGAAUGUGUUGAAUUUAUCUCAAGGUGUUAAAGGUUCCUUCAGUAUUAACGUUCAAUAUUUAUGAACUAUUAUUUCAAGGUUCCUAUCAAUUUGUAUGCAUUUUUCCUCUAAACUAAAAUGGGAUGUGUGUUUUCUUAAGGGCUGUGUACUUGAAAGAUCAAAUAAAUUGUUGAUAUGAUCAAUCAUCUUAAGUAGUUAGAGUCGUAAUUUACAAGUAAAUAAAUAUUUGAUAAAACAUUCAGUCGACACACUUUUCGGGAUUGAAAUUUGUAAUAGUCAAUACUUUCUAAGUGACAUGCUUUACCGUUGUAUAUGUGUAUACAAGAUAAGAAUAAGCUAUUCAAAAAUCAUACUGAACGUUUCAAAAUAUAAAUUCUUCAUAUUCACUGCUUUCAAGUGAUAGUAAAAUAUUACUUUUUACACUGUGUGUCAUUACUCUUAUAAGAAUAAGCAUUUUCACUAAUUUGUUUAAAAACAUUUUCAGAAAAUCACAGCUACCACUGCCUAGCGAAAUCUUAUAUUUAAAUUAUUCAUCAAAUAUAGAUAUUGCUCCAUCAAUUAACAAAAUUCAAUUGGAAGAGUUAUUUUCUAUAAAUUGUGCAGUGAAUAUGUUUGAAACUUUAUAGGUGAAUUUCUUGAAUUUUAAUAAUCGACUUUAAUGUUCAUGCAAAAAACUGUUAUGAAAUCUUGUACAGAAUAUAUUUUCUGUUAUUGCUGGAAAUUAUAAUCAGAGUCCUUAUCUUUUCUACCGUAUAUUCAGAGAAUAUUCAAAGAAAAAAUUAUAAAGCGGUAGGUUGUGAUAGAUUCUAAACAGAUGUUUGUGUAUAUUAUCGUAAUUAUGUGUAUAUAUGUAAAAAGAUGUUGCAAUAACGCAAAUAAAUGAUUGUCACCACA